UUCAUAGCGGCGACGAAACUGCUGCUUCUCUCUCUCUCGAUAGCGGCGACUACAGGGCCAGUGGCGCCGCCCUUGGCCCACUUCUUCGUCGAGAGCUUCGCCGGCGGCGAGCAGGGAAGGGAUAAACCAUCUGCGCGCAAGCAGCCUGCCCGCCUGAUUCUCGUGGGGGCAGAGGAGACCAUGGCUCCAGUAGGUAGCUCGCAGCGAAGCGACCUUAGGAGGCUGGGGAGAGGUGGGGGCACCGACCAAGAGAGCAGCAAGCCCAAGCCGCGACUUGAUGGAGAUGAUCUUUGUGCAAUAUGUGACAAUGGUGGUAAUGUAACUUGCUGCGAUGGUGGAUGUGGGAGGUCUUUCCACCUAACUGAUGAGAACAGUGAAGGAUCUAGGUGCAGAUUAAUGCUUGGGCUAACCAAAGAACAGGCAGAAAUGAUACUUGCUGCUGAUGAUAAAGAUUUUAUAUGCAAGAACUGCAAGUAUAAGCAACAUCAAUGUUUUGCUUGUGGAAAGCUGGGAUCUUCUGACUUGUCAUCUGAAACUGAGGUGUUCCAAUGUGAGGUUGAUGAUUGUGGGUGCUUUUACCACCCUAAGUGUGUUGCUGAAUUGCUCUACCCGGAUAACGAACUCGAGGGAUCACUUUUUGGGGACCAAGUUGCAGCCAGACAAAAUUUCACUUGCCCUAUUCAUGAAUGUAUUGUGUGCAAGGGAGAAGAGAACAAGAAUGAUAAGAACAUGCAAUUUGCAGUAUGCAGAAGCUGCCCGACUACAUACCACCGGGGGUGCUUGCCAAGUUUAUACAUUUUUGGCAGUGACAUCCCCUUUGAAACAAAGGAAGGUCCCAAUGGCUACAUGCAAAGGGUGUGGGAUGAGUUGGAGGCACCACACCAGAUGGACGUGUCAUUCCUCGUGAUCGAAUUUUGAUCUACUGCACGAAGCAUGGGAUCGUAAAAAAGUUAGGAACUCCCAAGAGGAAUCACAUCGUCUUUCCAGAUGCCAAAAAACAACGUGUACCCAAAAUGCUCAUAGAACAACUCAAUGAGGAAGAUAUACCCGAGGAAGAAGAGCUGCUCGACAACGCCUCGCCUGAACCACCUCAAUCUCCUCCGUCAGUUGCAAGCGAUGAGAACCAGUGCUUAUGUUCCAGUCCUAUCGACUUGUUUGCAUCAGGAUCCUCGUUUACCCAUCCACAUCCAGGAACUUGUGGCUGGCUUGGAAAUGAGUAGCUUCCACACGUUUCAUGUAAAUGAGUAGCUUCCACACGUUUCAGACUACCUGUUCUUUCUGUUGGUGUGCGGAGGUAGACAGACCGACAGUUCAGGGUGAUGGGCAGGUUGGACUGGCUUGUUAGAUUACUUUGGAAAUUUAGGGUGACAUCUUGUGCAACUAAAUUUCCAUAAUACUCAGUGAUAUGUGCCAGAAGCUAUAGAGCCUGCUUAUGACUAGUAUCAGAGGUUUUCAGAGAUUUACCGUUAUAAAUGCUGACCAAGAUCUUUAUUUCGCUGUGUGCUGUGUGAUCAUUUCCUUUCUCAAUGCUCAGUGACAAGUUUCACUUGCUGUUGUGUGAUUCAAGCCUUAAGCUGGAGAGCUAGACCUCAGUCUAUUGAUUGAUUUGAUUUCUGGUUGCCUUCGGAAAUUUUAUUCGAAUCCUACGCCCCGUUUCCAUUUCCCAAACAGGCUAUAGAAUCCAAUCGGUUAUCUGCUCCUUCCAGAACAGCCGUACUGCAUUCACACAGGCGCCGUUUCACUUUCACCCACCAGUGAGUAGUGUCCUGCCCAACCCAGCUCUCUCUCUCUCUCUCCCUCUCUCUCUCUCUCUCUCCAGCCGGAUGCGCGGGACGGAGAUGCAUCCGGAAUGCUGAGGGUACUUCGAGGAGAAACAACCUGGGGUUCUGAUCGGUCCAUCAGUAGCUCAUACUGGGAACGGGUUCUUGUUCUUGGCAGCAAACCAGCCUGCCUGAUAAAUGAAUUGUGAGGGGAGGCAGGCCAUGGAUGGAGUAGAGAAGUCAGGCCAUGUGCUCCGGACACCAAGAAAAGCUCGUGACAUCAAGCGAAAGAGCAAGAACAAGCGCAAGGCAGAACCUCAAGAUGGAGAUGAUGUUUGUGCAAUUUGUGACGAUGGUGGCUUCGUAACUUGCUGUGAUGGUGGAUGUCUGAGGUCUUUCCACCUAACUGAAGAACAUGGUGAGGGUUCCAAGUGCCCAUCCCUUGGGCUUACUAGUGAACAAGCAAAGAUGAUAAUUGGUAAGAAAGCCUUUAUAUGCAAGAACUGUAAGUAUAAGCAACAUCAGUGUUCUGCUUGUGGAUUAUUGGGGUCUUCAGACUUAUCAUCAGGAGCUGAGGUAUUCAAAUGUAAGGACUAUGCCUGUGGUCAUUUUUACCACCCUAAGUGUAUUUCUGAACUGCGACAUCCUGAUAGCAAA